AUGGCCACGUCCACAGAAACUGGCGACAGGCAAGACACAAAACGGCUUGAGGCAAAGAAACAGACAUUGGAUGAUGCCUAUGCAGCUCCUGCCAAUUUUCUAGAGAUCGAUGUUGUCAAUCCGGAGACACACGGUGUUGCGAAAAAGCGAUACACGGACUAUGAAGUCCGCAUGAGGGUUGGUACACUUUUAAUAGUACAAAUGCAUUUUGUUAGACGAUUGACGGAUUUUAUUACUCUAACCACGUUUACGUACAAAAUUUCGUCGAGAUCGGUUGUUUUAAGAUUGUUUUCCGGAAAUCAGGUCUGGCGAUUUUCUGAUAAUAAUUAUUAAUGAAGAGCCAGUGUACAUGAAAGUUUGAAUUGAUUUCCUGGAACCUGAAUGAUUGUUAAUUUGGCCCGAAGUAACGACAAUAAUUUGGUUAAAACGUGGGAAACCUUUGGGGACCAAGUUUAUUUGUGUGCAGUAAAUUUUUGUUCGUUUGUAUGUAGCAAUAAUUGAAUUGGUGUCAUAUAAUAUCCUAUUUUAGUAUUUACCAAAUCGGUGAAUGGCACUUUUCGCGCGUUUUGAUUGGCUCUCGUAACUCGAAAUAUCUUUGGCUGACCGGAGCCAAGAUGGCAUCUCUUUUCAAGACAUUUUCGGAAGACGAAAUUUGAGUGAUAAAUGAAGCAUUUGACUACCAAUACCAAGAAAGAGAGGAACUUUUGCUUGUCGGCGUUUACCGGUAGGCACAGAAAAUCAUCUUCAUGCUAAAUUUGCAACAAAAUCAUAAAAAUGCACUUGGCAAAAUCACCGAAAUGUUUGUAAAUUGUAAACAAAGUUCCUACUAAGUGAUAUUUUUACUUUACAAAAGGUUGCUUUUUUCAUUUUUAUCCAACUGAUUUGGUAAAUACUAAAACAAUUAUCCCCCUAAGGGUCGGUGAACAGCGCUAGAUAUAUACCUUGACACUUUGUAUCUUGGUAUAUCCACCACUAUUCACCUCCCCGUCGGGGGAUAGUGGUGUAAUAUUGGAAAGUAUGCUAGAGAGAAGUGUGAUGUCACAUUACCAUUGUAGCAAAAUUUCUGGAUCACAACAAUAGGAGCUUAAGUGUGAAUGACGACAGUAACGGCAACGAGAAUGGCAAAAAAGUAAUAGGUUUACACUAUCAAAAUAACAGCUUUGCACUUGCAUCAUGUGUUUUUGUACAUUUCUUAGCUGUAAUUGCAUGACUGUAACAUGAAACUUCCUAAUUUCUCGCACCUGCUUUUUGAAAAGGGUAAUCACAACACAAAAAUUUGCUUUUACUUUUUCUAAACUUAGAAACAGUCCUCUCAGAUUCAACCCCAGGAAAUUUCACCAACAUUUGACAAAUUAAAUGAAACUAAAUCAGAUUGAUGAAGUUUGAAACAGUGGGACUUUUUUAUGUCUUUGGUUUGUUUUCAUCCAUAAAUUUUGCUACCAUGGCAACCUGACUUGAUAUUGACCACUACUUUUAUAGUAAUGGUUAGCAGUCUAGUGCAUUGUUGACCCUUUCCCUGAGCUCUGCCAGGUACAUUUGGGCUGGACGUUGAAGUAGAGACUACUAGGAAUUUUUGGUCUUUGAGGAUUUUAGCCAGGUUACCACAUAAAAAUGAAGAACCCUCAAAUUAAUAUAUUGCUCGUCACGAUCACUUCAUAAACACACUUUUGCCUAAAGGCUUGCGGUUUGUCCUUUUAUAAUGUACUGUCUUACUUUGUAUCUUUAAUUUUUUUCAGACAAAUCUUCCUGUCUUUAAAGUAAAAGAGUCAUCAGUAAGAAGACGGUACAGUGACUUUAAGUGGCUAAGGAAUGAGUUAGAAAGAGACAGCAAGGUAACUAAAUAAACUAUUUUAACAUUCUCACAUUAUAGCUACUGACUAUACUAUAUAAAACUACUGGUAGUGACCUAAUACUGGGCAAAUAAGCAACGCAACAUGUACCUUAUCUAGAUAAGAAAUAGAAAAUCUUAGCCAUCUCAGAUUGACUUUUGCUGCAAUUUUACAAAUGAAGUUCCCCCAAUUUUUUCUUCUUACCAUGGUGACCAAAGUGGUCACAGCUUGGAGCACUGUGGUGUAAACUUUUCCAAGAGUCCAGUCUAACUCAGGCAAGGUAAUAAGUCAUAUAGGUAAUGAGCUUCAGAAAAAGAAGAUCUUAGCACAGGUCCAGAAGAGAUGGAAGAUCGGUUUAAGAUUCUGGGAACUAUCAACUUACUCCUCCCCUAAACCACCAUUUUGUUCCAAGUAAGCAUUUAGUGUUAACAUCGGUUUAGGGGAGGGAUGAGGGGGUGGGAUGUAGUUGCCCACAAUCUUUAACUGAUCUGCCAUCUGCUCUGGACCUGUAAACACUAAGAUCCUCUUUAUUUGAAGCUCAUCUUUCGCCAUCUUUUUUCCCAACCAGACUUACCGCCUCUGGAUAUCCUAGGAUGUUUAAACAUAUGACCUAUUGCAUUGCUUGAGUCUGGACUCUUAACAAAUAAGAUUUUUUUUACCAGCUGUCUUUUAGUCACUGCAGUUACUACGUUUGGGUUGUUAAAAUGUAGUGUUGGAGUUUAAGCUACAGAAGAAGUGGUUUUCUGAAUCACCUAAGACGUUUUUGGUGCUAUCAAAACCCAAAGCAGAUCUUGAGCUCCCAAAAAGUUGGUGUCAAAUGACUAAACUUCAGCGUAUAUAACACUGUUGUUAAUAAGGACAGCAAAGGGUCAUACCAAGGUGACUGUAUUACCAGAAUGUGGGCUCUCGGAAAAUGUCAGCUGCAAACACCAUGCUUAACUGAUAUAUUUGGGACUAAAGCGUACAGUAACUGAACAGAGCUAUGUUUAAUGUCUUAAGUUUUACCGUAAAAACGAGUAUUCCUGGGCAAUUAUAGGUCCUUCUGCUUGCAUGUAAGUUGAUUUUCUAAUUCUCUAUUUUCCAAUUCCCCAUAAUACACUCUGUUUGACCCCCAAAUUUUGCAUAAACCAUUGUUUUUAAAUGCUCCUGGGAGUAUUGCAUUUUCCCAAGAGCAUUUUAAGACAAUAAGUUAUGCAAAAUUUGGGGGGCAAACAGAGUGUAUUAUGGGGAAUUUGAAAAUAGUCAAUGGUUCUUCAGGCACCAUAAAAACAUAUUUUGACCUAUAAAGUUAUCUGUCAAUCAUCCUUCUAACUUUGCUUUGCUGAUCUUAGCGCUAUCAAGUUGAGAUGAAAGAUUAAAAAAAAAUUGCUUGCCCUUUGGGAAAGGAUUUGUUCUGUGACCCCCCCUCCUUGUGGAAAUUCCGAUGUAGCUUCACAGACGCUUUAACCGUUUUGAGUCCGGUUUCUUCUCCAGGGAGAGUAUGGAUAUUUUUGGAACUCAUUUUCCUUCAUACCUUACUUGUAGCAUCACAAACUUAGUGUCAACCUUGCCCAUUUGUAAUUUUUGCAGAUUGUGGUUCCUCCGCUUCCAGGCGAUGCACUUAAGAAGCAGUUACCAUUUAGAGGAGAUGAUGGUAGGUGCAGACAACUCAAACAUGACACCGAAUACCUUUCUAAUAAAAGGUCUGCAUGACAUACAAUGACAUGUCUCAAUGGCCCACGUUCAAUAUGUUAGAAUUCUAACAUGACUCUGAGGUGUUAGGGAUAAAAUUACAAAUAUUUUUUCACGACUCCAUUGUCUCGCAAUUCCCAGAAGAGACUGGAGCACAAAGAAAACCAAACCAAAUAUAGAAGUAUGACCGGAAAGCCUACCUUGGGGUCAUGUUAGAAUUUUAAUAUAUCAAACGUGGGCUGUUCAGAUUAUGACCUGUUGAUUUGAUUAUUCAUUGACAUUGUAAGAUGGAGAAAUUGGAUGCUAAUCAAUACUACGAGCCAAGGUGGGACCUGGAAGGAAAAGGCCAGGGGUAGCUUGUCAUCUUGUUUUGUGUUGUAAAUUGCAGAUUUUGGUGUUAGUUAAAGUGUUUUAGGUGGAAAGUCAGGACCUAAUGUUUUAUAAAAAAACAGUUCCCUGAGAGGAUAUGUGCUUAGCGGUAAUGAAUAGUAAACCAAGUAAUAAUUUACGUGUGAUUUGCUGGGCUUGAGAAAAACUUAAAUUGCAGACUGUCCUUUGGGCAAACAGCUCAGGCAUUAUUGCCUGCCAGGGGCCAAUUCUUGCUCAUCUUAGUUCAGGAUUAUUUUGUUAGAGGAUGACUUCUCUGAAACGUCUUCCUAAUGGGCAAAUAUAAUAAUAAUCUUCUUGUCCUGGACUACCAGACAGAAGGUUUUUUAGAGUCCUGAUAUUGUCAAUGAAAUUGAACGUGAAUGCUGUAAAUAUUUUUCCAUCCUAUAAAUUAAAGCAAGGUUGGUUUGUGAGGUCUUACUUACUUAGUUACUAAACUGUUUAUGGACUUACACACCCUACAACAUAGUUAAGCUGGUACAUGUAAGCACCAAAAAGAAACAAAAGACCCCCUAGGGGAAGGGUUUCAUUCUACAUUGUACAUGUACUUGAAGUUUAUUACGAUAGUAGCUGUGAUAAAAAGUGAACUCCAUCAUCUGUUACUUUUAGGAAUUUUUGAAGAUGAUUUUAUUGAGGAGAGAAGACAAGGAUUAGAGGCAUUUGUUAACAGGUGUGAUAUAAUACAUAUUUGCUGAAAAAUUUUGUUUGGUGUAAAACCAUUUUAAUCAAGUAAAUUUUUCCUUCUUUUGUCUCAGAUUCGUUGCUAUAAACGUAAGCAAAAAAGCAAAAAUAAUGAUAACUGGUUGGGCUGUUAAAUAGAUUUAAUGAAACCAGUGGAUAAGUUGUUGAAAUAUUUUUUGUUGUGUGAGCUGGUGACAAGUUAAAGAGGUCUGUCACCGUUGGAAGAAAAUGCUACCAAAGCUGAAUGUUGUGUGGCAAACAUUUCUAAAUUUCCCAUUCCUUAUACUCAGAACCAUAAGAGCAAUUAAUUAAAGUUGAAGUGUUGUAGUCACAAGAGGAAAUGAAACUCCAAUAAAAAUUAUUAGCACCCUAGAGCUUAGUAGAGAUAUCCUAGAUCUUUUUUUUUAAAUGGUGUAUUCUUCCUUCAUCUUUUUUGUAGGGUAUCUGGACAUCCUCUGGCUCAAAAUGAACGCUGCUUGCAUAUGUUUCUUACAGAUCCUAUUAUAGAUAAAAAUUAUGUUCCAGGAAAGGUCCGAUCAACAUGAAAGUAAGCUGGAAUUUAACAAAUCUUUGCAGGGACUUUUUCUUCAAUCAAGAACUUCAUGGUCAAGUUACCCUCUCAGUCCUUAAGUAAUCAACAUUAACCCUUUUCUUUUUGCAGUCACAAUAUAAAUAGUAGUUUAGAUUGCAUGACAAAAAAAGAAAAAUUUCUUAACUUUUCAAAUAAAAAUAAUACAUAAUUUUAUAAUGCAGUCAGUGGUGCUACACAUCAAAAUUAAAUUUAGGUUAUUUUUUUACCUAGGUGGAUUCUCAAUUUCCUUUGUCUCGUAGCCCUAAUUCAUGAAAGAUAACAUACAUACCAACUCUCCCAGAUCAACAACAAUCUCCUGGUCUCCCGUACCCCGUACGGGUCACCAAAUCUACCGGAUAAAAUCGAGUUAUGAGCUUUUCUGUGCUCUAAUUUGGAAUUUAUCCCAUUUUCUCCCAAAAUUCAAAUUUUUUGGUUUAAAGUUCAGUUUCUGGGGUACUUUUGCAUGUAUUUCAUCACUGGCAAAGAGUUAUUUUGCCAUUACGAUCAUAAAAGUGAAUUGUGAUGGUCUCAUGCGAGACUGCGUCCUAAGCCACUUAGGGACUAGGUCAAAUUGUGCUCAUGGGAGCGGGGAGGGGG